AUGCUUUAUACUGCAGUGCCCAGACCCAAAUUCAAUCUCACCAGACAAGCCGAUAUCUCCUCCUUCACGUUCACGGAUUAUGGAGUGAAAGUGAUGCUUAAUCGCAAUGUGUUUUUAGUGGAUGUAGUGAGGGAUGACAAGGGCAGGGUCUUGAAACUUGACUCAAUAGUGGGUGGCAAGCUAUGGAAAGGGAUUGACAUGCUAAUCUUCAACACUUGGCAUUGGUGGAACCGCAGAGGAGUUGGACAACCAUGGGAUUAUAUUCAAGUAGGGAAUGAGACAUACAAAGACAUGGACCGAAUGGCUGCUUUUGAGAGGGCACUCAAUACUUCGGCUGGGUGGGUGGACUCUAAUGUUAAUUCUACCAGCACUAAGGUUUUCUUUCAAGGGAUUUCUCCAUCUCAUUACAAGUAA